CUGUUCACCACAAUCUUCUUGGAGGCUGACAUCAUGACGAACAUUACUCGUUUCCGAACUCUUUGGGGCAUACCUCCGGGUGCUAACUUUGCAACCUGGAGAGGGUUGUUUCCUGAGCUGAAAGCAAAGGGAUACACUGGAGUGGAGAUCGAUUACAGAGCUGUCAAGACCGAGGACCUCCCCGGACUCAGAAAGCUACUUGAGGACAAUGGCCUCCAAUUAAUUGCCCAGAUCAUGUCCUCGUGGCCCGGAUACGAGGGGCCCAGACCCCCUGGGUUAACACCGAAAGACCACCUCGACUUUUACCGGAAGCAGUUGGAACGUGCCCAAGUCUUGAAUCCCGUGAAAGUGAAUGCGCAAUCCGGAAGCGACAUCUGGACACCUGAUGAAUCAGUUGAAUUUUACCAAGGAACGUUCAAGAUUGACGACGAGUUGGGAUUUAACGGAAGAGUCACCCACGAGACUCACCGAAACCGAUCCCUCUACCAUCCGUAUGUUGCUAAAUACGUGCUGGAUCGAGUGCCAAACCUCCGCAUCACCGCCGAUAUUUCCCACUGGGUGGUCGUAGGGGAACGCCUACUAGACGUUUCCGAAGAAGACCGUGAUCUUCUCGAGAAAGUCAUACCCCACGUCCACCACAUCCACGCUCGUAUCGGCACGACACAGUCAUCCCAAUGUCCCGACCCGUCUAACCCAGUUUACACCGAGGAGAGGGAGUUCUUUGAAAGACUUUGGAUAAAGAUCGUCCAGAACGCUAUCAAGACUCAAAUGAAGAUCACUGCCACCCUCUGCCUUGUGGUUUCAUACGUCGGCCUUGCCACCGCCGCAACCGGUUGCCAGGUCGAGCUCUUGAACAUCAAUCAGGCUGUCGUCGGAAGUGGCUGUGUCCCGUUCAACUACUAUGCCUCCAUUAGAGAUUCCACUCGAGGUGCUGGCUACACCGUCAACGCCAAUAACAACUGUGGUCUGAGCUUCUCUGGCAGCCAAAAGAUUCCAGAUGGCUAUUCUCUACGCCGGGUCGGCUACUGCUAG